CUGAGAAUCUACACAGAUGCUGAAAAACUGCAAUCAUUAAACAGUUCCUCCUUUCCCCUUCCUUUCUCCAGAAUGGCUGUAAGACCACGAGAAGUUUUCUUUUUCAAAGACUCAGAACUUCCCUCCCACCUUCUUGCUCAGCUCAACAUCCUCCGGCAGGAGCGCAUCCUGACAGACGUCCUGCUCUGCACCGAGCACCAGGAGAUCCCCUGCCACAGGAGCGUCCUGGUGUCCAGCAGCCCCUAUUUCCGUGCCAUGUUCUGCAGCAACUUCCUGGAGAGCAGCCAGGCCCGCGUCAACCUGAGGGGAAUCGCUUCAAAUGUCCUCAUCGGCAUCGUGGACUAUGUUUACACGGGCUGCGUCACCAUCACCAUGGAGAAUGUGCUGCCGCUCAUGCAGGCAGCAUCCAUGCUUCACUAUGGAGGUCUGUUUGAGGCCUGCUCCAUGUUCCUCCAGGACCAGCUGAGUCCAGAGAACUGUCUGAGCAUGAUCCGCCUCUCUGAGAUCCUUCACUGUGAAAGCUUGAAGGAGAGGGCGAAGGAGAUGGCUGUGAGGUGUUUCUCUGACGUCGCUGCCACAGAGGAUUUCUGUGAGUUGUCUCUUCCUGAGCUCAUGUGUUACCUAGAAGACGACCGACUCUGUGCAGAGGAGGAGCAGGUAUUUGAGACCCUCCUGGCGUGGAUCCACCACGACCCGUUCUCACGACGCGGCGCCAUCCACGAUCUCUUCAAGAAAGUCCGUCUGCGCUACAUCCAUCCAACUUACCUCUUCCAGUUCAUUGCCAAUGACCCGCUGGUGCAGUCUUCCACCCUCUGCACCGAGAUAAUCGAGUCAGUUCGCCGUCUCAUGCUCACAGUCAGCACCAAGUGUAGCCGAGAACUGAAGCCACUUUGGACCACGCCCAGGCGUUACACCUGUAGAGAGACACUGGUGGUAGUUGGUGGGCGUAAAAACAAUGAACAGACUUCACGAGAAGCGUUACUAUAUGACGAAAGGACUCACCGCUGGCAGUGGUUGGCCAAGCUCCCUCUUCGCCUCUACAAAGCUGCAUAUGUUUGCAUUCACAGCAUCCUCUAUGUGCUUGGCGGGCUCAGCCUCUGCAUGACGUCAGGCGACAGCUCGGUCAGCGCCACAGUUUACACACUUUCCCUGAAAACCAACCAGUGGAGGACUGCUGAGCCCAUGUUGGAGCCACGAUACGCCCAUCAAAGCGUCUCCUACCUGCACUUUAUUUUUGUGUUAGGAGGCAUUGGGGUAGACAAGAGAAUCUCUCAGUCAGUGGAGAGGUACAACAGCAUGUUUAAUCAGUGGGAAGCCAUGGCACCAAUGCCCACAGCAACGCUUCAUCCAGCUGUUGCAGCCAGUGAUCAGAGGAUCUAUGUUUUUGGAGGGGAGGAUGCCAUGCAGAACCCAGUCAGACUGAUUCAGGUGUAUCACAUCUCUCGAAACUUGUGGUCCAGGCUAGAAACAAGGACGGUGAAGAAUGUUUGUGCUCCAGCUGCUGUCAUAGAAGACAAGAUCUACAUCAUAGGAGGAUACACCAGACGAAUGAUUGCCUACGAUACCAAAGCCAACAAGUUCGUAAAGUGUGAGAAUCUGAAGGAGCGGAGAAUGCAUCACAGCGCUACAGUGAUCAACAACAAGCUCUAUGUCACUGGCGGACGCAUCCUCAACGGCCACGAUGUCAUCGAGGACUCGGACUGCUUCGAGUGUUACGAUCCAAAAACAGAUGUUUGGACGUCCAAAGGUUCUCUUCCAUACAAGCUGUUCGACCACGGCUCUCUGCCACUGGUCUGUGUCACUAACAGACCCAACCCACCGUGACCGACCAUCCAGUCACUUUGGUUCUCCUCCCCUUUGCCUUGAUUUAUCGGCCUCUAACUACACCAAUGGGAAACCAUUUCGUACUAGCUACAUUCCUUCACGCAGCCCAGUCUCUGCCACCACUCAGGGCAUGUUAGGAAAGGCUGACUUUCAUCUGAAUGACAGAAGAGCUGAACUGACAUGCAGAGGUGUCAUUUCUGAGGCACCUGGAGUGGAACUGAACCGAGAACCUCAGAGAUGACGAGAGACAGUCACACUUACACAACAAGCAGCUGCUCACACAUACGUAAUCCAAAAAGCUGUUUCCGCAAAUGGCUGCACUCACCGGAGGCUAACUAAAAGUGUUAAUGCUUUGAUUUACACACAGCAUCAUCACUCUGAGUGGCAGCUGCAGCAAACUUUUCUGUAACAAUCCUAUGAUCUGUUGUAAAACUGAAAAUGACAUCGCUAGUAAUUUGCACUUUGUAGAUAAUAAAGAAUACAUUCCUCCUGUGAACAACUGCGACAUGAACAAGCUCCUACGGCAAAGUUAAAGUAGCAGUAGAUUCUGUCAUGUUUGAUGAAAUCCUGCAAAGAAGAACUCAAAUGAAAUUAUCUGGGCCAACGUUAUUCCAGUUUGGGGGCUCAGUUCUUGACUGUGAAUUAUUCCUACAAAACUCAACAAAGCAUGUUCUGUGUGUCAUUUCAUGGAUGUCUCACUUGCAACACACUGGCAGUAGAAUAAAAAGAUGUUCCAGAUCAGUCAAAGCUCUGAAAACAAAAAUGUGAGAGGUUCAGAGGCAGUUCAGUUUCAUCAUGCGUGCAACUAUUGCUCGGUAAAGAGAAUAUCUUCACAGCCAGCAGCCGUAUGUUUAUGUGAGGACAUGUGACAAUGCCGCCUUUGAACACGAGCGCCUCGAGGUGACGCAGUGAACGACUAAGUGCAAGCACGAGGGGAAGCAGUGGAGGGUUUGCGCAGCCUUACAACAGGCUAAAGAUGUAACCUGCAGUUGGUUAGCCACAAACCAUUAUCUGAACUCAAUCUUUCAUUCAUCUGAGAAAAUAAUCAGAGGUGGAAAAGGAGGAAUAUUGCAAAAAAAGCUUUAAAGCAAUCACCACUACAAAUGUGGAGGCUUCUACUGGUGUUACAUCCAUCUCUGUCCUUCAACCCUCUCCUUGCAGAGCGUGCGUUGAUGCUCCCGUCCCUGGCCCUGGUAACGACUGCCAUGGCAACCCUGUUCUAACUCUACUGGAUAAUCUGUGGUAUGCAUCCAUGUAAGGAUCCUAUCUAUUUAAGACAGCAUCACUGAUCGACUGCAUGAUUUGUUACUGUUACUUGCACCUUUGUUUUUUCAUUAAAAUGCAUCAUUUCUUGGACAACGUGCUUAUAUUUUGGAGACUGAUUUCUCUGUGGGACUUAAAGGAACAUUGCUAAGAAAACAGAACUCCUAUUUUGUUGCUUUGAAUCUCUCAACACAUGAAUACCAGCGAUAAUAUGUGCAAGAGAAUGUUGGAAAUUUAGUUUUUGCUCUGUUUGCUCGUCUUUCAUUGACCUUGGUGCAGAUUCGUCGGGUUCUCUGUUUGUCUGCCAACCAGCUGAGUCAUAUUCCUUCCAAAACAAGGAAACAUUGUUGGUACGGAUAUGUCAACAUGCUCUGACUAUCAGG